GGCGAGGCUCUGCGACUGCGUCCCCAACUUUGUCAAACACUCGCAACGGCAUCGCAUCACUAUGGCUCCCAUCAAAAAACGCACAACAGCGCGCGCAAAGUCGGUUCGUGCCGCCCGCCCUACCACUGCGGUCUUGCACAAGCCCGACGACAUGUCAUCUUUUCCUUCGACCAAGCGCGACAAGCAGAGAAUUAAGCAUUCAUCCUUUGUUUCCAAGAUUGAGAAAUCCUCUGCCAAGACACAGAAGCGCAGGCGCCCAAAUAACAAGCUCAUUGCCAACCUCGAGUCCCUCGCGGAUGCGCUUCCCGGUGGAGACACAGACGGCGACAUCGAGCUUGGCCAGGCGCGUAUAUUACAGCCAAAACAAAAAAUGGAGAGCAUGAAGCGCACAAAGGGCGCCAAGAAGAGGAAGGAGAAGCUCGAGAAGCUCGAGAAGGCGCGCUUCAAUGCAAACUUGGCUCAGUUGACCACAGCGAGCACAAAUGGGGCCGAUGCUGUCAAGGACCGAUGGGCGGCGCUGAAGAGCCAUGUACAGACCAACAUGGAGGUCAGGCCCGAGUUUGCCCAGCAAUGAAGCCAACCUGCUUGAGAUGAAUAUCCGCCCUCAUAUUGGGCUCACUAGACGGGAGCGAUAAACUUGCCUGUCCCGCACACAUAUGCGUGCCUUCGCAGCAGUCAUCGGCAAAUGAUUGGUCAUCUUGCUGAGGCCAGAUGCAGUAAUUUGGCGCGAUGCUCAUCACUAUCAUUUGCGGUAUCUAUAGGAAGGAUUACGCGGCGCUCCUGUCAUGCAUACGACACGAAACCUAGGCUACAAGGCCAAAAACUUAUGCCGCACACCAUCACCAUAGACAAAACACUUGGAGUCCCGAAACACAACAUAGUCGCUUGCUCAUAUAUCGAGCAAUUGUAC